CCAUAAUACUCCGGAACCACCCAAUAAUUGGCCCUCUAUGACCGUUUAUCAGGACAUUGAAUGAAGGCUACUGCGCUCUCUCUCUCUCUCUCGCUCUCUCUCUCUCCUAGACUCCUACGUUACUACUAGUGUUCCUCCAUUCCAAAACCCCACCAACCCUUUCCCUGUAUGAUUCUCUCCGGCGAAAAAUGAAAGACGGAGACACGUGAACCCAUCAAGAAUUGCAAUCAGGUUCGGGCCAAGAACAAGAAUCGCAAGGUUUGCGCCAAGAAAACCCAUCUCUCUCUUUCGUCUCAUCGUGCAAUUUAUCAUCUUUACUGUGAUUUCCUCUCCUGAAUUAGAUAUAGGCUUGUCCAUAGCCGGCCCGUACUUUUCAGGGCCUAAAGCGAAAGUUAAAGAUUAGGCCCUUCUAGCUAAACUAUUACAAAGGGUACUAAAAUUGGAGGGCCCCUAAAAUUUGAAAAUUUUUAGGGGCCUAAAUGCGGCCGCCUCUUGGGUUUAGCUCAGGGCCGACUCUGCGCGUGUCGGUCUAUAUGCAUCGAGUAUCCAUGGUUGUGGGUUUUGAUAUUGUGGACUGUCUAUCAGGGGUUUGUCAAGAAGUUCCAAAGAUGAGUGACAUCUUGGGGAACAUACUUAAUGACACAGUUAAUGAGAGCGAGUUGAUAACUGCCGGAGAAAUGGAGAAGAAGAGGAUCAGAGAAGAGAUCAGAACGUUGGGGUUGUCGCGCAGGCGGGAGAUAGAAGCGGAAGUCGUUAGGGAAAUGAUUAUGGAGGGGGAGUUAGAAGCUGAAGUCGUUAGUGACAUCUUGGGGAACGCACUUGAUGAGAGGGAGUUGAUGGUUGCCGAAGAAAUGGAGAAGAAGAGGAUCAGAGAAGAGAUCAAAGCGUCAGGGUUGUCGCGCAGGCGGGAGUUGGAAACUGAAGUUGCUAGGGAAAUGACGAUGGAAGGGGUUUUCGAUAGGGGUAGCGACUUGGUAGGGCUUUCAUUGAAGGAUUAUGGGCACCUAGGGGUUGGAUUUGGGAAAAGGAUCCAAAAGCAGGGAGAGAAUGAUGGGAGGAGUUCUGUGGUGGAGACUAAAGACAGCAUACUUCUUGGUGCUUUUCCAUUUCAACGUGAUCCAGAGGCGGUAUUGAAGGGUAGGAUGCCAAUUCCUGAACCGAUCAAAGAGGCUAAGCAUUUUCCCUCAGUCAAUUUGUUUAAGAAGUUACGGAAAGAGUGGAGUUGCUCUCUGUGUCAGUUCAAUGCCACAUCCGAGCAUCGACUGAACGACCAUUUACAAGGAAGGAAGCACAAAGCAAAGGAGAAAGCAAAGGCAGAAACCACUAAACCAGUGAACAAAAAUGCUGACAAUUCUGAGGCAUCGGUGGAGGAAGCUGAAUAUUCAAAUGAAGUGGGAAUGAACCUAGCUAAGCCUUUGGACUCGAGCGUUUCUGGGGUAAAGCGGAAAUCUGAAGCACCAAUUACUGAAUUUGUCAAUGAUACGCCCUCAGUCAAUUUGAGUAAAAAGUUACAGAAACUGUGGAGUUGUUCUCUGUGUAAGGUUGCUGUCACAUGUGAGCUUGAUCUGAGCUGCCACUUACAUGGAAAAAUACACAAUGCGAAGGAAAAGGCAAUAGCAGAAACCACUAAACCACUGAACAAAAAUGCUGACAAUUCUGAGGCAUUGGUGGAGGAAGCUGAAAAUUCAGAUGAACAAGAAAUGAACGAUGUCGAUUCGGUUGAUUGUGAAUUGAAGCUAAAAGGGGAAUUGAAGAAUACAAAUGAUGGUGCUGAAGUGAGUGAAAAUGAGAUCGCUACAGAUCAAAAUAAUGAUUUCAAAUUCCGGUGCAACAUAUGCAAGUUUGGAACCAAUGCCGAAGAGGAGAUGACCGAUCAUCGGAGGGAGUUGUGUUACGUGACUCUGUGGGAGUUCAAAACCUCUAGAGGCAAAUGUGAGCUUGAUUUGAAGCGCCACUUACAAGGAAGGACGCACAAAGCAAAGGAAAAGGCAAUAGCAGAAACCACUGAACAAAAAUGUGAGCUUGAUUUGAAGCGCCACUUACAAUUAAGUCAUCUCAUUUUCACUCACUUCAGUGGUUUAGUGGUUUCUGCUAAUGCCUUUUCCUUCGCUUACAAGGAAAAGGAAGGAUGCACAAAGCGAAGGAAAAGGCAAUAUGAGAAACCACUAAACCCACUGAACAAAAAUGCUGACAAUUCUGAGGCAUUGGUGGAGGAAGCUGAAUAUUCAGAUGAACAAGAAAUGAAUGAUGUUGAUUCAGGUGAUUGUGGAUUGAAGCUAAAAGGGGAAUUGAAGAAGGAUGCACAAAGCGAAGGUAUUGUUACGUGACUGUGUAGGAGGUAAGCCUGUAAAACCACUAAACCACUUACAUGAAGGAUGCACAAAGCGAAGGAAAGGCAUAUCAGAAACACUGAACAAAAAUGGUGACAAUUCUGAGGCAUCAGUGGAGGGAGCUGAAUAUUCAAAUGAACAAAAAAUGAAUGAUGUCGAUUCGGUUGAUUGUGGAUUGAAGCUAAAAGGGGAAUUGAAGGAUACAAAUGUUGGUGCUAAAGUGAGUGAAAAUGAGAUCGCUAGAGAUCAACACAAUGAUUUCAAAUUCCGGUGCAACAUAUGCAAGUUUGGAACCAAUGCCGAAGAGGAGAUGACCGAUCAUCGGAGGGAGAUGUCAGAUGUGUUACGUGACUCUGUGGGAGGUAAGCCUGUAAAACCAAUGGUGCAGCAGCUGAGGAAGGAGGAACCAGAUGUAUAGUAGAAUGAUCAGAAUGCAGAUGACUAAAUGUAUGUUUUUUUUUGGUCUUUAUAGUUCAAAACCUCUAGAGGCAAAUGGUGUUGCUUACACAAAUUUUGUUGAUGAAAGAAAUAGUUAAUUUUUCUUCUAU